AUUCCUCUUUAACUUUGUGUUGGUUGUGCCCGUGCCAUGUACGUGUUUCUACGGCUGCUGACAUCGAAUAACUAGCGGAUAUGUAUGUCUAGUAGCUAAGGUCCUUGCCAGUGCUUUUGAUGACAAAGUUCACGCAGAACAAGGAAGCUUAAACCGUAUAUGCAGUGGCCGGAGGUGAAGGAGCUGACGUAUCGACACAAAUCCACCGGCACUAUAGCAGAAGCUUGGUAACGUAUUCUGGAUUGGUUCGAGAAGUAUUCUUUCAUAGAUUUGCAAUAUCGAUGCUUAACCUGGUGUGUUCAGACGCGCCUAGUACAAAGCUCAGAGCCUCGGUGAACAUUGUUGAUUUCCUAUACAUAUCCAGUAGCAUUCGAUGGCCUCACAGAUACCAAAGCAUGCUCAAAUCCUUGUCGUCGGUGGAGGUCCCUCUGGUAGUUAUACUGCCUCGGCCCUUGCAGGGAAGGGCUCGACGUCGUGUUAUUGGAGGCUGCACAGUUUCCCUCGGUAUCACAUCGGGGAGAGCCUGAUUCCUUCAGUUCGUCACUACCUGAGGUUCAUCGAUGCGGAGCAAAAAUUGGUCGAGAUGGGUUUCAAGCACAAGCCCGGAGCUGCAAUCAAGUUCAAUCAAUUCAAACGGGAAGGAUACACCGACUUCGUUGCGCUUGGGCACACUAACAGUUCAUGGAACGUAGUGCGCUCGGCAUUCGACAAGAUGUUGCUUGACCACGCGGCAUCUUGCGGAGCAAAGGUAUUUGAACAAACGAGUGUGAAAGCCUUCCGCUUCUCUGUAACCGAGUCUUCCAGGCCUGUGACCGCCGAAUGGCUACGUGCUGCAGAUGGAGAAACCGGAGUGAUUUCAUUCGACUAUCUUGUUGAUGCAUCCGGACGCUCAGGACUGAUGUCGACCAAAUACUUGCGCAAUCGUCAUUUUAACGCAUCAUUGAAGAACAUUGCGCUUUGGGGUUACUGGACGGGAGUUAAUACAUAUGGCAUGAAUACCCCAAGAGAGGGUGCCCCUUGCCAAUGUGCACCAGACGAGUCCGGCUGGGCUUGGUUUAUUCCUCUACACGAUGGAACAACUUCCAUCGGCGUCGUUAUGAAUCAAGACAUAUAUAACGAGAAAGUCAGCGCCUUGAAAGGCAGUUCUCUGGAAGAUCGCUAUCGGAUUUCCGUAUCCCUCGCCCCAGCACUAAUCAAGCUCAUUGGAAACGGGAAGAUGGUACAAAAGGAGGCUUCUGGGGGACAACCUAGGCAGCUCGACCUAUUGAUACGAUCAGCGUCUGACUUCAGCUACUCCGCUUCGAGCUACGGGGGACCUGGCUUUCGUUUGGUCGGGGACGCUGGUGGUACGAACUUGAACAUCUUCCUUGUCUACAUGAUGGAACUGAUUCCCGAACCUUCAGCCUUCAUAGAUCCAUUCUUCUCCUCCGGGAUACACCUCGCAAUGACCUCUGGGACUAUCUGCAGCACUGCAUGGCACACGAAAAGGUUUUCGCUGAGUUACACGAGAUUUCAGAUAGUGGUGAUGAGCGCAUAUCAACAGAUACGAUCGACGGAUCUUGAUAUCCUGAACGACGUUGAUGAGGAUAAUUAUGAUCGGGCCUUUGCUGCUAUUCGACCAGUAAUCCAGGGUGCAUCGGAGAUGGGGAGUCGGUUGAGUGGGAAAGAGCUUCAGAAAGCUCUUCCAAAGGAUAUGUUCGAUGUUACAGCUCCACUCAUGGAUCCGCACGCUAUUCGAAGCAUUAUCUCCAAGACAUUCAAGCAUACGGAUCCAAAAGGUGACCAGGACUUCUCUGGACCUGAGGAAGACCUGAAACUCGCACUGGACCAAAUCAACGGCCGAAGAGUCGUGCAUCGAGAGUAUGCUAUCAAUAAUCUCGAGGCUGAGGAUGUGAAUGGAUUUGUGCCGCAGGAAGACUCAUAA